UCUCUCUACUCUCCCCGGUCGACUUUCUCUUCCUUUCCAUUCCACCUUUCAUUCCUGGUAAUUCAGGAUUCUAUUGAUUUGGAAAAUGCCGGGAUCAGACGCUCUUCGUGCGUUGAGAUGGCUGUCGCGCACCUCGGGGGGCCUGCUGUCGGGCGCUGAGACCACAACGCAACGAUGCAUGACCAAGUCGUUCUCCCGGUCAAUGGCCACCGAAUCCCAGACGACCGAUUUCCUCACACGCGAAGCCCCCCAAGCGGGCUCCCGAUGGACUCAACCCGUCCAGGCCACCACCUACUCCUUCCCGUCCAUGGAGCCCCUUCGAUUUGUCGAAUACCCCCGAAACCACCUCAUGAUGCCGCUCCGCAAAGAUCUCCUUCACCGCGCCGUCGUGUACGAGGGCGAUAUGACCCGACAAGGAACGGCUAGCACCAAAUGGCGGGAUGAGGUGCAUGGAAGCAACCGGAAGCUGGCGCCGCAGAAGGGAACUGGCCGGGCCCGUGUGGGAAACAAGAAGUCGCCCAUCCGCAAGGGUGGUGGUGUGGCUUUUGGACCGAAGCCCCGGGACUUUGCGACGGGGUUGCCGCGCAAGAUCUACGACCAGGCGUGGCGUACCGCUGUCAGCUACCGCUAUCGACGCGGCCAGUUGAUCAUCGUCGACAAUGACAUUGCCAUCCCCGAGGAUGCCACGCCGCACUUGAUCCAGGAGAUCUUCAAGGUCAACUGCUGGGGUCGGGACUUUGGACGGUCGACGCUGAUCACGGACCAGCUGAACGAGGACCUCUUCACGACGGUGCGUGCUGUGGGCCAGGACGCUAAGAUCCUGGAUCUGGAGGACCUGGAUGUGAAGGACCUUCUCGAGACCGGACGGUUGGUGAUCGAGAAGAAGGCGUUGGACCGCCUUCUGGCCGAGCAUUCUCGGGAUCUGAACCAACAGCCCGCCAAGGCGUUGUAUUGAAUUUUGGGCUAUUGAUUGGCGACAUGGGUAAUACUGCACUGGCUGGUCGGCUGUUCUAUGUGUA